GCGCGCGCAAGUGCAGCAGCAGCUCGAAAAAAGAAAUGGAUGUGUCUUUUAAUAGUUUUGAUAAUUAUUGCUAUUAUUGUGGCCGUUGUUAUAUAUAUGGUUUUAAAGUCGAAGAACAAUAAUAAUAGUAAUCGUUAA